AUGAGGAAGGAUGGCAGCGUGGGCGGCGCUAUGGGGGGCGGCGGAGGGGCCGCUGGUGUUGCUCCCUUCUCGUUCUCGUGCCUCGACAUGAAGCCCUUCAUCGCCACCCUGGUGGCCCUGACGCUGGUCAUGGCCUUCUGGCAACUCCAACCCUACGAAUCUCUCCUCUCCGCCCGCUCUUGCCCCAUCACCGACCCUUCCACGACAAAUCCCAUCUCGCAGAAGAAGCUUUCGGCCGCUCUCACGGCCUCCAUCGCCGACAUUCCCCCUUCCCCCUCUCAAAAUCUGCAGCCGGCCCCUCCGUCGGACCCCAACAAGAGGGUCCUCCGCCCCUACGGCAGCGCUGCCGCGCUCUUCGUUCAGAUGGGCGCUUACCGCGGGGGUUCCAACACAUUCGCCAUCGUCGGUCUCGCCUCCAAGCCUACCCACGUCUUCGGCAAGCCCUGGUUCAAGUGCGAGUGGGUCUCCAACAACCCUAAUGCCACCACCAUCCGGGCCAAGGCCUACAAGAUGCUCCCAGACUGGGGCUAUGGCCGCGUCUACACCGUCGUCGUCGUCAACUGCACCUUCUCUCAGGUCCCCAACGCCGACAACCUCGGCGGCAAGCUCCUCCUGUACGCCUACUACUCCCCCUCCCCCCGCCGGUACGAGAAAUUCCUAGCCAUGGAGGAAACCCCCGGUUCCUACGACAAAUCCAGAUUUCAUCCGCCAUUCAAGUACGACUACCUCUACUGCGGAUCCUCCCUCUACGGGAACCUCAGCGCCAGCCGCAUCAGGGAGUGGAUGGCUUACCACGCCUACUUCUUCGGGCCCAGCUCCCAUUUCGUCUUCCACGAUGCCGGCGGCGUCAGCCCGGAGGUGAGGAAGGUGCUCGAGCCGUGGGUGCGAGCGGGUCGCGCCACUGUACAAGACAUCAGAGUUCAGGAGGAGUAUGAUGGCUACUACUAUAAUCAGUUCCUCGUGGUGAACGACUGUCUCCACAGAUACAGGCACGCCGCCAAUUGGACCUUCUACUUCGAUGUCGACGAGUAUAUCUACCUGCCCGAUGGCAACUCUCUGGAAUCGGUGCUGGCGGAGUUUUCGAACUAUACCCAGUUCACGAUCGAGCAGAACCCCAUGUCCAGCAAGCUGUGUGUGCAGGAUCCGGCCAAUAAUCAUUCUAGGUGAGCUCCAGCAUCCAGAUCGAUUUCAUUUUUCUUUGGAUUCUCUUCUCUGCUCUCUCUUCCUCCUUCGAUUGCUCUCGAAGUUACCCGUUCGAUCUCCUGAGCUCUGAUGGGUGGUUCAAGGUGAUCGUCAGUUUCUGAAAAGAAUCGAUCGAAAACUCAGAAUGCCGGGUAGCAUAGAUCUCUCCCGAGCUCGAAAAGUUGGCGGGGAAUUUAAUUAUUGAUUUCCUCAGGUUUUCUUUUUCCUUUUUUUAAUUUUUCUUUCGCUGUCCGACUGAAUUAUCAUCUUCUCAAUCCCGUCGACGUCAUAAUCUCCCUGCGAAAACAUGAUCUUGGUAUUCUAUGGAAUGAAGCUUUCGUUUUUUUUACUCUCUUGCGAUGGAGAAGUCACUCUCGUAGGUUUCUACCCGUCGGCAAUCAAACAAAACUAGACAUUCUUCGAGGAAAUAUAAUAAUCUUCCAAAGCUUUGGGUGUUCCGUGCUCUGCUGUUUCUGGGUCUCCUCAUCGACCAUCUUGCUCUGCGAAAUCUGCAGCGAGUGGGGGUUCGAGAAGCUGGUUUUCCGGAACUCGAUUACCAGAGUAAGGAGAGAUCGGAAGUACGCCAUUCAGGCCCGGAACGCCUUCGCCACAGGCGUCCACAUGUCGGAGAACGUCGUCGGGAAGGCGCUUCACCAGACGGAGACGAAGAUCAGAUACUACCACUACCACGACUCCAUUAAUGUGCUGGGCGAGCCCUGCCGGGAGCUCGUGCCGAUGCCGGCUGGCGGCAACCUGACCUGGUUUGAGAAGAUCCCCUACGUCUACGACGACAGCAUGAAGCGGAUUGCCGGCGCCGUGAAGCGCUUCGAGGAGGAGACCAUCGGAGCCAUUCGAGUUUAA